GCGGGCUUAAGUGUAUCAGUCGGAGUUGGGUUUGAUCGGAGGUGCGUUUUGCUUUAAUUGCUGAAUCAUGGCUCGUACCAAGCAGACCGCUCGCAAGUCUACCGGCGGGAAGGCGCCCCGGAAGCAGCUGGCCACCAAGGCAGCGCGGAAAAGCGCUCCGGCCACAGGAGGCGUGAAGAAGCCUCACCGCUACCGGCCCGGGACGGUCGCUCUGCGGGAGAUCCGGCGCUACCAGAAGUCCACGGAGCUGCUGAUCCGCAAGCUGCCCUUCCAGCGGCUGGUGCGGGAGAUCGCGCAGGACUUCAAGACUGACCUGCGUUUCCAAAGCUCGGCUGUGAUGGCCCUGCAGGAGGCCAGCGAGGCUUACCUGGUGGGGCUCUUCGAGGACACCAACCUGUGCGCCAUCCACGCCAAGCGCGUCACCAUCAUGCCCAAAGACAUCCAGCUGGCCCGGCGCAUCCGCGGGGAGAGGGCUUAAGGUCGCUGAGCGUCGUUACAGUGAAAUCCCCCCACUCUAUUCCCAAAGGCUCUUUUAAGAGCCACUA